CCUUGGAACGUCACUUCACACGCCGCAACUUCCAUUCCUCCACGCUACGCUCAAGUCCCACGACAUCUAAUCUCUCCAUCACCAAGCAACUCGCAUUCAACCAUGCGCGUUCCACCUCCCUAUCCCCCGGCUAUCGCGUACACAGCCUCGUUCUCGCUCUUAGUCCUUCACAGCCAUAAAACCGUCAAGCUCUCCCCGAUCACUGUUUGCGCGGCCGGAGCAGCUGCAUACGUGGUUGAGUACGUCUGGAUUCGACUCCACAUACGAUAUCUCCGUCGCUUAGUGGCGGAAAUGGAAGCGAGGGUGGAAGCGACCACACGGUGGAUCGCGGCUCUGGAGGUCCGAGAGCGAGAGGCUAGGAGAAGGAGGGGAGGUGAUGGCGAUGGCGAUGGCGAGAUAAUCGAGCUGCUGAAGGAGGGAAAGACUAGGAGUCCGGGAGGGCGGGCGGAGGGUGUCGAAUUGGAGGAGGUGGAUUGA